AUGUCAGCGGCGGUCCAGCUCGGGCGCACGGGCUGUCAACGUCGCGCCCGUCUCUCUUUCCCUCCCCCAUCCGACACUUUCGCCCCGGAGCCUCAAUUCGUUGACUUCGCGCGCGUCAUUGCCCUUGCCCCCGAAGUUAUCGUUCCCUUUCCUGAUUUGCUCACUGACCUCUUCACAGUGUCCAGCUUUGCCUCGGCCGCACUCCGGGGGAUGUUUGGUGUUGUUGGCGGCGGAGCGUCGUUUGUCGCUCAGCGCAGCGAGAUCGCGAUUGGCGAGCGGAGGAGCAGCGGGGAGAAGGGUUUUGUGUGGUGGUUGACUUUUGGCACGUGCUCGGGUCUUCGCACCCGAGCGCCGAAUGUCCUCCCACGCUCCCUCUUCCUGACUCCCACAGCCCUCUUUCGCUCGCGCUUCCCGCUGUGGCCCAGCGUUGAAUGUCUCCGGCCCCGGCGGACGGCCAUGGAUGCGGCUGCCCGCCUCCGCCCGCUCUGUUCGAGACCAUCGUCGAGGCACGCUAACCGCCCUUCUAGGCCGCACCCCCGCAUUUUCAGUGUUUUUGGAGGCGGAGCGUUCGUCGCUCGGCGCUUGGCGGUAUCGCGAUUUGCGAGCGGGGAAGCAACGGGGAAAGCGGUGGUGGUUGACUUUUGGCACGUGCUCGGGUCUUCGUACCCGAGCGCCGGAUGUUCUCCCACGCUCCCUGACUCCGACGUGCCGCCCUCGCUGUCGCUGCCCGUCGGGACCCAGCAGCCCGGGGAUAUCUCUGUACAUACCCUGCCGGUCGCUGCCCGCCUUGUGACGAGCUCCUCCUUUCGAUACCGUGGUCCAGCCUGGUGCUGCAGUGGUGCAUGUUGGCCAAAGACUCAGAGUGGUGUCGUCGACAUCGAGGCUGAAGACCUGUCCGCCGUUGUCAAUGAGUCCGUCGUCGUCCGCUCAGUAUCGCCUUCCGCUCCUCCGUUGCCCGCCUCCGCCCGCUCUGUUCGAGACCAUCGUCGAGGCUGGUGCUUGUUGACCAAAGCCCCGGCAACGUCCAUCCACUCCUCGCCAACACAACGCGUCGUUCGGUGUGUCCCCGUUUCAUCGCCUUACUUGCGUGCUGACUUUGAAUUGGACCCCGUUCUAGGGGAAAAGUCAGGGAUUGCAUUCGCGUCGCCAAAUGGCAGAGCGCAAUGUCAGGUCGCGGAAGGUAACGGUAACACUCUGCGCCUCUCUCUCUCCUGCAGCGUGCUAAUCGUCAUUUUCAAGUCUUCCUAUCGUGUCUUGUCUUCAGACAGGUGCUUGCGGCUGCGCGAUUCGAACGGCUGCGAGGGCGGGAGGCCGUUGGGGGUCUCGGAGCCAAUCGGCAAGCGGCUGGAGGAAGUAGUUAGCGACGGUAGACAGAUUCGGCAGGACCUGCCGUUGGUUUGGCGGCCCCGGCCGGCGGCUUGUGGACGUGGCGUUGGCGGGAGGCGAGCGGCGCGUCUCUUGGCGGGAGGCGGACGUGGCGACUUGAGAGCACCACGUGCUUUCGGCGCGAAAGGCCGGGUGUUGCUUGCUCCUCUCAACCCCGCGCCGGACUUCCCCGCGCGCUCGCUGUCAUCAGCGCCGUGUGUUGUGUCCGCGGCGCUUAUCUGGAUCCCACGCGGGCUGCUGUUGGCGAAACGGUACGGGCAGGCGCGUUGCGAGCUGGGCCGGGGUCGUGAGCGGGAGAAGGAAGGAAGGUGGGUGAUAAGCGAGCGCGACACGUGCGCAUGCCACGUCACAGGCCGGCGCCACGGCCCCCUUGCCUCCGCGCAUGCCCAUGAGCGCGCGUCGAGAUGCUGCUGGGCUUCCCGACCGGGAGCGGACGUUAAGCCUCCCGCGGCGAAGUCGGGAAUGGGUGCGGAUGCGCCAUGCGGCCUCCCACAGGUCGUCUUUCUUUCUGGACGACACCACCACCGCCUGAAGAUGAAGAUCCCCGUCGUCGACUUUGCACCGUUUCUGGACAAGGCGAACGACGCUGCUGGGCGCCAGGCCGUCGCCGACAAGCUGCUUGCGGCGCUGCACGAGACUGGAUUUGUGUAUGUCGUGAACCACGGGGUGGAGCAGGCUGCGGUGGAGACGGCGUUUGCAAUGGCCAGACAGUGGUUCUCCCUCCCUUUUGGCACGAAGCUGCUCGCGCUGCGCCCCGCCAUGCAGCCCUACCCGCGCGGCUUUCUCUGUGUCGGGCGGCGGGACCGCGCGACGCCUGCGGAGUUGGCGCUGCCGGACCCCACCGACAUGAAGGAGAGCUUUGUGCUGGGGAGCAAAGACAAUGCGGGUAUGCCCAACAUAUGGCUGGACGAGAAGCCGGACGGCCUGGUGGAAACCGGCUUCCGCGCGAGCUGUUUGGGGCUGUAUGAGCAAUGCCACGCACUCGAAAGCGCCGUCUUCCGUGGACUCGCCCUCGCACUGGGCCUUCCCGACGACCACUUCGCCGUCGGCACCAGUAGCGAAAAUGAUCUGCGCCUCGUGCGGUACCACCCUGUCCCUGAAUCGGCCAUCGCCGCCGGCCUGAUCACGCGCGCUGCAGCGCAUACGACCCCGGGCGCAUUGCAGCUGACCUUCCAGCGGGAUGUCGAGGGCCUCGAGGUGGAGGACCCCGAGAAGCCCGGCGUGUUCCACCCGAUCCUCCCGGUGCCUGGCGCGGUGCUGCUCAACGCGGGCGACAUGCUGCAGCGAGGCUCACGUGGCGCGGUCCGCAGCGCCGUACACCGCGUCGGCGCGCCGGCUGGUACAGUUGAGGUCAACGGUGCGCCGUGGAAGCCGGAGCGUCUGGAGAUCGUCUAUAACUGCGUGCCUGCGGAGGACGCGCGGCCUCAGCACAUCAUGCGAUCUCGUAAUUCCUGCCCGGCUUCAUAUGUUUCUAUUUCCCAUGUCAAACCAUACUGGUGCCCGCACGGCUUGCUCCAACGCUAA